GUGGCAGGAUCUGAGGGGAGGAGAGAGGCAGAAAAGACGAGAGACCAGGCCAAGAACCGGCAACGUUAGAAGAAGGUCUAUAGCUUUAUCAUUAUGGCAGACAACGCAGUCUUCGCUGCCAGGCGGUACCAUGACGACACUACGAGGGACUCAGUCUUCACCUACACCAACAGCAACAACACCAGAGGUCCCUUCGAAGGCCCCAACUACCACAUCGCUCCCCGAUGGGUGUACAAUAUCUCCACCUUGUGGAUGAUCUUCGUAGUCAUCGCCUCUGUCUUCACCAAUGGCCUGGUGCUUGUAGCCACUGCCAAGUUCAAGAAACUGCGCCACCCACUCAACUGGAUCUUGGUCAAUCUGGCUAUAGCUGACCUCGGAGAGACCGUCCUGGCCAGCACCAUCAGCGUAAUCAACCAGAUCUUCGGCUACUUCAUCCUGGGUCACCCAAUGUGCAUAUUUGAAGGUUACACCGUCUCCGUCUGUGGUAUUGCAGCUCUGUGGUCCUUGACUGUCAUCUCCUGGGAGAGAUGGGUGGUGGUGUGCAAGCCCUUCGGAAAUGUUAAAUUCGAUGGCAAGUGGGCCACCGCUGGCAUCCUGUUCUCAUGGAUCUGGGCUAUUUGCUGGUGCGCACCUCCCAUCUUUGGCUGGAGCAGAUACUGGCCUCAUGGCCUGAAGACCUCCUGCGGCCCUGAUGUGUUCAGUGGAAGUGACGACCCUGGAGUCAAGUCCUACAUGAUCACCCUCAUGCUCACCUGCUGUGCCCUGCCACUCUUCAUCAUUGUCGUCUGCUACCUCUUCGUAUGGAGCGCCAUCCACUCUGUUGCACAGCAGCAAAAGGACUCUGAGUCGACACAGAAGGCUGAGAAGGAGGUGUCCAGGAUGGUGGUUGUCAUGAUCCUGGCUUUCAUUUUGUGCUGGGGUCCCUAUGCCACAUUCGCCACCUUCUCUGCCAUCAACCCUGGGUACGCCUGGCACCCUCUGGCAGCAGCCAUCCCUGCUUACUUUGCCAAGAGCGCCACCAUCUACAACCCCAUCAUCUAUGUCUUCAUGAACCGGCAGUUCCGCAGCUGCAUCUAUCAGCUGCUGGGUAAGAAGGUGGAAGAUGGCUCUGAGGUGUCCUCCUCCUCUGCCACAGAGGUCUCCUCGGCCUCCACCUCCUCGUAG